AUGAUUGAGAGAGGAUAAACAGUUUAUACAAAUUUCUAUUAGAUUCAAAUAAACCCAAAUAGUCAUAUCUACAGAUAUCAAGUAUGCUAUAAUAUAUAUAUACUUUAAAGUUGUAAUUUUAACCAUUCUUAUCCCCUGAAUAAUAGAUAUCUAAAUGGAGAGAGAUAUUCAAGAUUGCAAAGUCAGGUUUAUAAGAGAAUCUAAAAGUGUUCAUAACAAAUAAUUAAAUAUUGUAUUCACCAGUGAGAGCAUAAACAAUGGGUUUAUUAUUAGGAGUUUAUGAAGAGGAAGGAAAUAGUCAUUCGAUUUCAAUAGAAGAGAAAGCAGUUCUAAAACCUGGAGAACCAGAGUAUACAGGAUUAAUUGGAAGAUUCUUUAAGAUGUUAUUAAAAUAAUAAAAAUUGUUAUAAAUUGGAAGAAAGUAUUUUAAUACAAAAAACUUAAUAAAUUUUGAUUAAUUUGGAUUAAAAGUAUGUAUAUAUAAUAAUGUAAAGGUUUUGCCAGGAGUGACAUGCAGUUUAAUAAAGUAGGAAGAAUAAGGGAAAUAUUAUAUUAAUAUAGAUUCUUCUUUUAAAAUGUUGAGAAGUACAACAAUGUAUGAAGAGUUGAGAAAUUCAAGAGAUUUUUCAUAAUUAGAGGGAGCAAUAGUAAUGACAGUUUACAAUUAUAAAUUUUAUAAAGUGAAUAAGGUAAGUAGAGAGAUGAAUCCAAAAAGUGAAUUUGAGAAUAUGAAAGGAGAGAAGAUGAGUUAUAUGCAAUAUUAUUAAGAUAAGUAAGAAUAUAGUAUAAUUUAAAUAAAGGUAUAAGAUUGGUAUAAAAGAUGUAAGUUAACCAUUAAUAGAAGUAUUAGAGAAAUCAAGAAAGAAAUAAGAAGAAAAGAUAAUUUAUUUAAUACCUGAGUUAUGUGUGAUGACAGGAUUAUCAAAUGAGAUGAGAAAUAAUUUUUAGACAAUGAAAUAAUUAUCAACAGUGACAAAGCCAAGAGGAGUAGAUAGAGUAAGAUAGGCAGAUUAAUUUAUUUAAUGUUUUCAUAAUAAGGAGAGUGAAGAAUUAAUAAAGAAAUGGAAUAUUUAAUUAGAACCUAAAUGUUUAUAGAUUUAGAGUUCAAAAAUAAGACCAGGAAAUAUAAUGAUGGGGAAUAAUACAGCAAUAAAUAUAGAGACAGGUAAUUUAGAUAGAGAUACUUAAACAGCUAUGUUAAGAGGAGUUGGAUUAGAGAAUUGGGGAAUAUUAUAUAGUGAUAGAGAUAGUAGAUAAGCAGAGGAUUUUAUGAGUUGUUUAAGAGAGAGUAUUGAAUAUUGUAAGUUCUAAUGUAAAGCUCCAAGAACAUUUGUAUUACAUUCAAAUAAGAUUGAAGAUUGGAUUAAAUAGAUAGAUUUUAUAGUAUAAUAAUCAUAAGGACCAUAAAAAGUAACAUUGUUAUUAUUGAUAUUGAAUGGUCCUAAAAAGAAUGCUCCACUUUACACAGAUAUUAAAAGAUAUUUAAUUAAUGAUUGUCCCAUUGCAUCUUAAGUAAUUUUAAGUUCUACAUUAAAUUAACCUAAAGGAAAAGUUAAAACAAUAUGCAAUAAAUUAUUAGUAUAGAUUUGUGCUAAAGUUGGAGGUACACCUUGGGGAGUAUCUGAAUUACCAUUUACUGAUUAACCUACUAUGAUUUGUGGAAUGGAUGUUUAUCAUUCUACUGGAAAAGCAAAGAAAUCUAUGUUAUCAUUUGUAUCUACAGAAGAUGAAUUCUUUAGCAAAUAUAUGACUUAAUCUAUAGAAAUGGAAACUGGAGUUGAAUUUUCAUUUAGUUUAUGUCCUGUCUUAGUCAAAGCUUUAUAAUCUUUUUCAGGUGAUAGAAAUGGACCUUUACCAUCUAGAAUUAUCAUUUUUAGAGAUGGCGUUUCUAAUUCUUAAGCUAAAACUGUUAUUGAAACUGAAGUUGCCUAAUUUAGAUAAGCUAUUGAAUAAGUCAAAACUGAAAAGAAUUCAGAUAAACCAAUUAAAUUAAUAGUAUUAUCAGUUAAUAAAAAAGUAGGUGCUAAAUUCUAUGCUGGAGAAAGGUAUUUAUAUAUAUUAUAUUAUCAUUUUAAUAGAAAUCUUGAUAAUCCUCCUUAAGGUACUUUAAUUGAUACAGAAAUUAGUAAUGGAAAAGAUGAUUAUUAUUUGAUUUCACAAAGAACUACGUAAGGUACUGUCUAACCAACUCAUUAUCAUGUUCUUGUUAAUGAUUUAGUUGAUGAACCAAACAUCCUUAAAAAAUUAUAAGCUUUAUCUUAUAAGUUAUGCUACAUGUAUUACAAUUUCAGUGGAGCCAUUAAAGUAAUUCAAAAUCUUUUAUUAGAUACCUGCACCUAUUCAAUAUGCACAUGUUUGUUCUAAUUUCAUUGGAGAUAGAUUUGAUCCAAGAAAACCAUAAUCAUUGAUUAAGCCAAAUCCAAUUUUGAAUCAGAGAAGAUCACUCUUUUUCAUAUGA